AUGCUUCGAACAGUCAGCAGCAGAGUCGUACGAGCCUCCUUCCUCAAAGCAAGUCGUUCUGCUCCCUCAGCGCUCCGUGCGCCUCAAUGGCAAGCUCGCCCAUCCGUACAACUCCGUCAGCUAUCAGUCAGCGUUGCCCGCUCUCGAGCACUGCCGCUGUCCUUUGCGAAAGACAAGCUCAAUCAGGACGUGACGUACGAUGAGCUCAAGCCGCUCACUGAGCAACCGUCAGACGAUGUCCUCCUCGUAGAUGUGAGGGAGAUUGAUGAAGUCAUGCAAGGCAAUAUCCCUUCUUCGGUCAACUUGCCCUUGUCCGACUUGGGCAAGACGCUCGAGCUCGAUUCGGGCGAGUUCACGAGGUUGCACGGAUUCUAUAAGCCCACAAAGGAGCAGCCCAUGGUCUUCUACUGCCGUACUGGCAAGAGGUCAGAAGCGGCCAAGCAACUCGCAGAGAAGAAAGGCUACCAGUUUGUACGCAACUACAAGGGAUCCUGGGCAGACUGGGUCGCGAACGAGAACAAGUCGAGCUAG